AUGACUCAGAACGCGCAGGCCCUGCCCACCGUACAGCUUACUCCGAUCGAGAACACCCUGAAAGAGCUCCUCCUCGAUGUCGCGCAUUAUAUCCGUGAACAAGAAAUUGCAAAAGGUGGUAGCGAGGACCUCCCGCAGACCGAGCUGCGGUUCACUGGGGGUUGGGUGCGAGACAAGCUGCUAGGCGUGGACAGCAAUGACAUCGAUGUGGGAAUCAGUACGAUGACAGGAUACCAGUUUGGUAUGGCUCUGAAGGGAUACUUGGAUACCCCGGAGAACCUGGACAAGUACAGGAGGAACCACCCGAACGGCGAGCUGAGCGAGGCCAUUGUCAGUUUACACAAGAUCGAAGCGAACCCCGAGAAGUCGAAACACUUGGAGACGGUGGCCACAAAGAUCUUUGGUCUCGAAAUCGACCUGGUCAAUCUGCGAAAGGAGACAUACUCGGAGGACAGCAGGAACCCGCAGAUGGAGUUUGGUACGGCACAGGAAGACGCAUUGCGCCGUGAUGCGACAAUCAACGCGCUUUUCUACAACCUUAAUGAGUCCAAGGUGGAGGACCUCACAGGAUGCGGCUGGAGUGACAUGCAGAAUAAGAUCAUUCGUACUCCAUUAGAACCAUUCCAGACGUUCAAAGAUGACCCAUUGCGUGUGCUACGGUUGAUCCGGUUUGCCAGCCGGUUGGGAUACCGAAUCCAUGAGGAUACAAAACAAGCGAUGCAGAAUAGCGAGAUCAGUGAAGCUCUCAAGUUAAAAAUCAGCAAGGAGCGUGUUGGAACGGAGCUGGAAAAGAUGCUCAAAGGACCUGAUCCCCGAGGCGCACUGGAUCUCAUCGAUCGUAUCGGACUUUAUACUACAAUAUUCGCGAACCAUCAAGACGAUGUCCAGGCAGAAACAUCAUCCUGGGCUCUUGCAUACAAUACCUUUCAAAAAUUGCUACAUACGGGCGCAGAGAGCAGUGACGCCGUCGAGCGCGUACGGAGCAUUCUCAUUCGUGAUAAGUCAGAAAGCUAUUAUGCAUGGGUCAUCACUGCAUUCGCACCUUGGACCAGUGUCCCGACACGUAUAGCCUCGGGUAAAAAAGCCAAACCGCUUCCACCACGCGCAUCCGAAGUUGCCAGAGACAGUCUUCGUUCGGACAACAAGACCAUCAAUUUUUUGCGGGACUCGUCGAAUAAUUGGAAGAGCAUUAUCGACGUCAAGUCAUCGCUUCUGGAGGAGCGCCUGAGCGGCACGGCUGCGGAAAUUCGACAGCAAGUUGGUCUACACAUGCGGUCAUGGGGAAAGGAAUGGAGACUUCAGUUUGUCUUGAGUAUUCUUCAGGAAGUCAUGCAGGGACGCGAUUUCUCUAAAGUUAUUGAAGAAUAUGACGCUUUUCUGGAAUACAUGGUGAAGCAGGACCUCAAAGAGGUAUGCGAAAUGAAGCCCAUCGCAAACGGAGACGAGAUCAUGAAGCAUAUGAAGGUAUCGAAAGGGCCAUGGAUGAGUAAAGUCAUCGAUGCGGCGAUUAAGUGGCAGCUCCUGCAUCCAGAGAUCACAGAGAAGGAAAAGAUCUUGGAAGCUCUCUCAAGUCAACGAGAAGAAUUAGUCAUGGAAGAACUUCGCAAAGCGGCACGUGAGUCCCUCCAACAACAGCCAGAUGCCAACGACCUCCCAGCCAUUACUCUCCCAGACAACAUCGCACUCCCCGAUUCAUUAGGUCCAUUAUGGAGAGAUUUAUCGCCUCAAAGUUCAAAAAGCGAUGCAGAGAUCAGCGAAGGCCUCCUUGUCGCCCAAGGAUUUCUGGAUAGAUGGGACUCGAAGAGUCUACCGGACCGAGAUGAGGAGGUAAUGAACUACCUGUAUGAGUGGGCUAUUCGACUCAAGUCAACUAUCGCUAUUUCUGUUCUUUCAUCUUUGGCUGCUCUGUUACCCAUUGAGAAAGCUGCCAACAAGUCGGAUAUCGUCAUCGCACUGGCAAGCUUCACGUCUGAUAACGAUCCUUGGACUACAAGCGCAAGUGCUACGAAGGCAAAGGAAGCACUGCACUUUUUUACUACAAAGCUUCGUACAGAAGAGAGCCGCUCUUUCUGGUCUAUUGUCGAGCAGGUCCUGAAAGAGAGAAUAAAGCCCCUCUUUGCUAAGACGAGGAAUCCGGCAAUCACAGAUGCUGGCCGGAAGAACUUCCAUCCUGUACCUUUGGGUCAUUUUGACACGAGUAUUUUGGAUCCGGAGUCGAAGCCGUGGAAGGUUCACAAUCCCUAUGCUACCACGGUUUUCGAGUGGGUUAUUGCUCAGUAUCAUUCCAAUGACAAAGGGUAUCUGGAAAGACAUUUCCCGCUCCUCAUACCCCCAACAUUGUCCCUGAUAGACGACGACAAUCUAGCCUACAAGUCUCGCGGCUGUAGCAUCCUCUUACAAUUCCUCAAACCAAUCCAAAAAAGCGAAUCUGACAUCCUCCGGCGAACAAACCUCUCCUCUGUCUUCGAAGACGCCAUAAAGCAAUGCUUCUUCUCGCUCCCAACAAUCACACCAGAAGACGACUCCAUCAAACUCCUCGAAGUCGCCUAUCCCGCCCUUCUUUCUGUCUUGAAAACAGCCUACCAACUCCCGUCCAUGCCGACGAACAAGAAAACAGAAGAUAAAAACACAUAUAUUACCGGUGUCACCAGAAUCCUCCGCGACCAUAUCAUCCCCUCAUUCCAUCAUAUCAGCUCAACAAGCACAACCUCGACAUCCUCGUUCGCAUCAUUCCCCCACCCACGCCUUUCCACGCUCCUGGUAAACCAGCUACACAAUAUCCUGCCGGAACUAGGAAUCCACACCACGAAGUACCUCCAGGAAAUCAUUCCCGUCCUGUACAGCACGCUCUCCAACCCAUUCGGUCCCGCACAUGCCCCUCUCCUCCUCGCGUCUGUGGCCGCAAUGCGUGCUGUGAUUCUGAAUGCGCAUCCGCGGCUAUGGAGAUGGCGUGGAGAGAUACUUGGUGGCCUGUGCGCGUGCUGGGUGUAUGCGGUUGAGGAAGAGGGGGAGAUUACUGAGAGAACGGAGAAGGGGCGCGGGUUAGAAGGUGAUAAGUCAGCAGGGCAGGUUCUGGGAGUGUUGAAGAAAAAGCUUAGGGGCGUUGUCUAUUUGUUGAAGCUUGCGUUGGAGAAUCCUGUGGAUGCGGAGGGGGAUGAGGGACAGUUGGGUGCGAAGGAGAAGAUUUGGGAUGAGAUGCGGGAGUUGGUCGACGCGGAUGAUGUUCUUAAGGAGCUGCUUAUGGAUGAGAUUGGCCCGGAUGAUGGGGGCUACUUUAGUUGUUAA